GCUUGUGACCCAGCAACCAGAUCCCUUCUACAACCUUACUCGGAUCUCCUGCACUUUUCAAAAUACAAAGUGAGAAAUCUGUGUGGUUUCAGUCCACCCAUUUACAUCCAAAAAUAAAUGAAUUCACAAUGGAUAUUUUCGAUCAAGAUUUAGCCACCCAAAACUCUGGAGAUAUGAACUACAACAGCAAGACAAGUAUGGCAGUGGAUGCCUGCAACAAUACUGCAGUCACUAAUAGAAUGGAAGUUAAUCCUUCAUCUCAAAACGAUCAAAAGCGAAUCGUUCCACCUGAGAUUGUUUACGAUAUCCUCGAUAUCCUGUACAGAAAACAUGAUGUGCCGACAAUAUGGUGCAUUGCUCUCUCCGCUCGAGUUUACUAUGAUUACAUUGCCAAAUUUGGCUAUCAAUAUAGACUUCGUCUUACCACAGAGGAAAAGAGAGAGCUAGCUCCACUUCUAAAGAACUGGAUGGGAAGUCAAUACCGAAUCAUGCGCUCAAAGACCAUUGACACCAUCGACGCGGCACUUUUAUUCCGUAACAAUACCAUGUUCAUCUCCCGCAAAGUCUAUGGUGAUACAAACGCAAAGGAACGCGCUUUGUGCCAGAGAUUUGAAGAUUACGAUAGCUUCAAGGCUCCGUUGAGGUGUUCAGUCUACUUCUCUGCAUUCUACAACGACCUUCAUGUUCCAGAUCCAACCAGAAAGGGAACAGACUGGUAUGAAGAGAUGGCUAAGUACUUGGUGCUUUACAUUACCCAGAAUUGGGACAAAGGCAGUGGACACCCAAUCAGUUCCUGGUUCGAGAGUCGAGAAUCGCCAGAGUAUCCUGCUCGUCAACACUUUUGGCAAGAAUACAUGCGCAGUAGCUUGCGAGCAUGGGUCCAUUACGAAGGAGAAGAUUUUGGUGGUAAACCUCCCCAGAAAAAAUUUUCACGUACUAAAUAUGGUCAAUGCAAUCUGCCAUAUUCGAUGAAGCCGGACUGGACUUAUAAUGGGCUUGAUAAUCAAUAUAGGGGCCAAUAUAUACAAGAGGGCCAAAGCAAGGAGCACAUCAUGCAGAUGAUACCGAAUCACAAUAUUCUUAAAUGGUUGCUGCAUCAUGAUGGAGAGGGCUGGGUUUACAAGGCUAUCUGUUUUCCGAAAGGGACUUCAAUGAGAGAAGUGCUGAAAACUUUUGAGAGAGAUAUUGAGGAGUCUUGGGGUCCAUUAGAUUAGAGAUAUGAAGUUUGUAGGAGAGCGGGUCAAACUUCUUGUUCCCCCAUGUUUCCAAGAGUUUUACACACAGGCAGUUUGGGAGGAGGUUAGCAUCAUGAGUUGGCUCGACUCAUGUAUAAUUAGCAAUCUGAUAGGGUAUGAUUCGAAUUAAUACGAUAUACCGAGCUUUUCCA